AUGACUGGUCGUUUGACACCCUUUGAACUUGUUUAUGGUGAUACUCCCCGUAGUAACUGCACAGUAAUUAAUAAAUUAUUUGAAAAAGACAUUAUUGAUGAGGAAGAAAUCCUAAGUACCAUUGAUAUUCAAGCUGACUCUAUCAUCAAUCUUGAUGAUGAUAUGGAAGAAAACCCAGAAUAUUCAUAUUACCACAAUGAUGGUGGCAAUAAUGAUGAUGACUCAA